UGUAAUUUUUCAAGAGCUUUGUGUCACUUCCCUUGCAAAGGCUUAGAAAUUCUGUCAAAGAUCCAUACAGCACUUAGCCUUCCAAGGCUAAGUCAAUCUUCAAUCUUUCACCCCAUCAGCAGCUCCAUAUCCGACACGUAACGCACGAGCACGACUGCACGAGUUAAGAUGCGUAUGGAAAGCUCAGUUCGAGGAAUUGUCGUUCUCUUCUUCUUCAACAGCUCCACAGAGGGAAUAACUUUCGUGCUCCAUGUCUAAGAAACGAGGUCUUUCAUUGGAGGAGAAACGUGAAAGAAUUCUUCAGAUAUUUUAUGACUCGCAGGAUUUCUUCCUUCUUAAGGAGCUUGAGAAGUUGGGCCCCAAGAAAGGUGUAAUUAGCCAGUCUGUGAAAGAUGUUGUCCAGAGUUUAGUUGAUGAUGAUCUUGUUUCCAAAGACAAGAUAGGAACUUCUGUAUACUUCUGGAGUCUUCCUAGUUGUGCUGGAAAUCAGUUGAGGAAUGUACACCGCAAACUUGAAUCUGAUCUGCAAAGCAGAAAGAAGCGGCAUGCAGAACUUGUUGAUCAGUGUGAUGCAUUAAAGAAGGGACGUGAGGAAUCUGAAGAACGGGAAGAUGCAUUAGCUGUGCUAAAGGCUAUUGAACUGAAGCAUAAUGAACUGAAGGAGGAGAUGGAUCAAUAUGCAGAUAAUGAUCCUGCUGCCUUCGAAGCAAUGAAGAAGGCUACUGGAGUCGCCCAUGCAGCAGCAAACAGAUGGACAGACAACAUCUUUACAUUGCGACAAUGGUGUUCAAACAACUUCCCCGAGGCUAAGGAGCAGCUUGAGAACAUGUACAAGGAGAUAGGAAUAACAGAUGAUUUUGACUAUCUGGAGCCUUUACAAAUUGUUCCAGUUGGCUCAGUUGGUGAUCAGGUACAGGAAGGCAACUCUUAGGUGAUACAGUUUGGCAUAUUUCCUGUCAGAUAUACAGAUCCAUAAAUUGUGGUGGAAAUCCAAUAUCGGCUCCAUUACUGAUGCCACUCGCUGAUUUAGCUUGUAGACUUGCAGCAAGGUACCCUCUUUUUAGAAUUAUUUGCCCCAUAGUCACCUACGAAUGGUCUGUUACCUUUUCUUUGCUUCCGUAUUGAUUUGUUUUGAGUUCAUUUCAUCUGUUGACAAUUGGCUUCAUGUGAUAUUGUUAUAUAAUAUGGGUUUCACAUGUAGAGGACAAUCAAUUCCAUUUGUUGAGAUUAUAGGUUUCAUUCGCUUGUACAAUCGAUUAUGACUCCAUGUCCAAGGAAUAAUCACAUUUGAUAUGUGCUGCUAAUUUCUCGCAUUGCCUCUA